UGUACUUUUUAAAGUGAAAUUAAUGUCAAAUAUUUGGUAUUAGUUCUUUAAACUUUUUUAUUACGUGUAGAAGACGCACGAGUGGGACGACAGAAGUCCUUAUUCAGGACCACUAUGUUCAUUCGGGGAAUACGCACAUCAUCAUGAAGGCUUGUGGUUUUUGGGUGCCUGGAUAUUGUUGCGGGACUAUGACUUAAUACUGACCAGAGAGGGAGCAACUGGAGUAGGCUUGAAUUGUUUUGUGGUAACGCAAAUUCAUGCGUUCUGGGCCAACACGCUGCUAUGAUGUAUUUACUUCUCAGGAUUACUUUUGUUUUCGGCAGUUUGACAUUGGUCACAGUCCUGUCUGACACCAAGGCCUCUGGGUGGACACCCCACAGACACUCCAGCGGGACUGGGCGAGACACCGAUACUACAAUACCGGCAUUGGAAGUCAGAGGUAUUAACCGAUCAGUCAAUAUUACGCACAGAGCCGGCGGGCAUCCUUCUGGUGCUUCAUUGUCAGACUUUGGGAGGACUUCAACUCGUGACAAAGCGCGUCCGAUGAGAGUCCGCAGUUCUGAUCAAACAAUUUUGACAAACCGAAUUGACAGACCAUGUAAUCAGCACGGAAAGUGCCCUGGCAACCCCCGGCGCACGGCGGAGCUGGAAGUGCCAGGAACCGAUAGCGCACCAUCACCAGCAAGACGCACACAUUGGGAGCGUCGCCUUCGGGCACUCCCCAGACCCAAAAGAGCCGCACAAGACACGGAUACAAAUAAUACACAGAUUGAUAAAUAUGAUGAGCUGUGGCGUGAAGCAACAACUUCAACCACAUUAGAAAGACUACCGAAACCCAUGGCACAGAACUCCACAAAUUUCCCUUUUGAUUUUGAUGAUGAAUUUCUGCCCGACCAUGAUUUCGGGGAGAUCACUCCCCUCGUACCAUUUGUCACACGUUCAAGGGAAAACGGCUUAAAGAAUCCCUUCUACCCCGUCACAUCAGAGACGUAUGGAGCAUACAUCGUCUUAAUCCUUGCUGUUAUCAUUUUCUGCUUUGGAAUUCUGGGGAACAUUACAAUUAUGUGCAUAGUGUGCCACAAUUAUUACAUGAGAAGCAUUUCUAAUUCCCUUCUGGCCAACCUUGCUUUGUGGGAUUUUAUUAUCCUAUUUUUCUGUCUACCUUUGGUAGUUUUCCACGAACUGACAAAGACUUACCUUCUUGGGGAAUUCUCCUGCAAGAUUAUACCAUAUAUCGAGGUGGCCUCGCUGGGCGUCACCACGUUCACGCUGUGCGCCCUCUGCAUCGACCGCUUCCGGGCGGCCACCAACGUGCAGAUGUACUACGAGAUGAUUGAGAACUGCUCCUCCACGGCCGCCAAGCUGGCUGUCAUCUGGAUCGGCGCCCUGCUGCUGGCCCUGCCCGAGCUGCUGAUUCGCCAGCUGGAGCGCGAGGACAUCGACCCUUCGCCGGUCGCCGCCGUCACCUCCGCCGCCACCACCUCAGCCCCGGGCGAGGCCGAGGAGCUGAUGAUCCCGGCGCUGCCCCCGCUCACGCCGCAGCCGUGCGAGCGCUGUGUGGUGCGCAUCUCCACCUCGCUCCCCGACACCCUGUACGUGCUGGGCUUGACGUACGACAGCGCGCGCCUCUGGUGGUACUUCGGCUGCUACUUCUGCCUGCCCACGCUCUUCACCAUCUUCUGCUCGCUGGCCACGGCCCAGAAGAUCCGGCAGGCCGAGCGCAGCCGCAGCACCAGCCUGCGGCCGGCCGCCAACCGCAAGCAGAUCCGCCUGGAGGGCCAGAUGAACUGCGUGGUGGUGGCGCUGGCCAUCGUCUACGGCUUCUGCACCAUCCCCGAGAACGUCUGCAACAUCGUGUCGGCGUACAUGGCGGCGGGGGUGCCCCGGCGGGCGCUGGCCGUGCUUCACCUCGUCAGCCAGAUGCUGCUGUUCUGCAAGUCGGCCGUGACGCCCGUGCUGCUGCUGACGCUGUGCCGGCCCUUCAGCCGCGCCUUCAUGGACUGCUGCUGCUGCUGCUGCGAGGAGCUGGGGCCGCCCAGGAACCGGGACGAGGAGGACGGGGAGGUGCUCCGCGGUGGCGGCGGUGGAGGCCGCAGCAGCAGCAGCAGCAGGCGAAACGGGGCUGGUGCUGCGGCCACUGGGAGCGGGAGCGGGGACGAUAUCGAGGGCGCCACCACGGAGCUGGAGCUGUCGCCGUUUAGAACCCUACAGCGUCCGAGGGACCAGUCCACGUAUUCGCCAAGAGGCACACGGUGCUAGAGAUGCACCUACUAGGCCACAUGGGGAUUUAACCGCUAGGUCUGCAUUCAGUACAGUAGACUUGUCCUGAAGGAUGUACCUGAUGUAGUAUUCAUCCCAAUGGGAACACACAACUACAGUAGAUCUACUGUACGUGUCCUCGCUGGUGGGGACGCAGUGUUAGCAAAGACGGUAGAUAUUCCUAAGACUUGUCAUGAGCCACUUCCUGGAAACCUUGUCUGGUGUAGCACUACACAUGAAGUAGAGAUUUCUAAAGGCCUUCAUGUUCAGACCCUCCAUCCAUAAACUUGUGGUGCUGAACUAUGAGGAACAGUUAGACUUUUAAAGGGCUUUUUUUAUAAAACAAGGUUCCGGCAUUGUCGUCAGGAUCAAACGCGUGGUGUUUUUCAAGUAUGAAAAGUGUGAAAGGAGAAUGGUGCUUUAUGAAUGCUUACAGAUGGCUUUGUAUGCAAGUCGUAACAAUAGCUGAGUGAAGGCUAGUAACAUAAACUGCUACAGCGCAGUGCAGGCACUUUUUCAGCAUCAGUCACGUGCACGUCAAGUUUACAGUUGGAGUGGAGGCCUUUGUAGCUCAUCUCCACCUCCUCACCUUGGAAAUA